AUGAAACUCACUCAUGCACCAGAGUCUCUAUCAAAGUUGCCCCGUGUAUUACCUAAAGAAUUGCAUGAAUCUCUCGACGCUCAGAAAGCUGCUGUAUUGGUGGCACUGCAGCAUCUCCCAAUGCAGCAGCCACGGGCUGACGAGGAGGAUGAAGAUGAGGAAGCCCCUGCAAACGAACUGACUCUUCAACAACUGGACGACCUGCUGAGAGGUACAGUGGAACGUGGGGAAGGCAACUCCUGCCUGUUAAUCGGUCCUCGUAGUAGCGGGAAAACGCGAAUAGUUGAAACUGCUCUGGCAUCUCAAUCCCAGAAACCAAUUGUAAUCCGUCUAUCCGGUCACGUCCAGACCACAGAUCGCCUGGCUAUGCGCGAGAUCGCGCGCCAGGCAGCUCAACAGACGGGCUCUUCCUUUUCAGCCGACGCUGAAGUGGACGGCGUCGCGGACGAAGACGACGACGUCCCAGUUGCACUUCCCCCCUCAUCGCACCUCCCCGCCCUUAUUUCGACACUACCUACACUCAAGCGUCCCACAGUAAUUAUCCUAGAGGCAUUCGACCUAUUUGCACUCCAUCCCCGACAAGCUCUGUUGUACUGCCUACUGGACACCGCUCAGAGCUGUCGUGUCGGUGACGACAUGAAAGGCGUCGCUGUCAUCGGCGUCACCACCCGCGUGGACACUAUCAACCUGCUCGAGAAGAGAGUGAAGAGCCGCUUCUCGGGCCGUAUGCUACGAACUGCCAGUCCGAGAAGACUGACGGAUUACAUCGCUGUAGCGAGGGGUGCACUCACUACGCCUCCCCCAGACAAUAUCAAAGCCGAGGAAUGGUCGCCGCUGUGGAAUAAAGCGGUGGAGCAAUUCCUCGCUGACCGGGCAACAAGAGAGAUCUUCAACGAGACGUUUGCCUUAACCCGCGACGUGUCUGUAUUAAGCCGAAUACUUACAGCGACAAUCGUUGGUCUUACACCGCUGAACCCAUUCCCAACGGCUGUCCAACUCACCUCCGCGGUGGCUGAGCAGCGAUGUCCCCCUAGACUGUCCUUCCUGCAAUCACUCUCCUACCCGUGCAUGUGCCUCCUCAUAGCCGCUACCCACGCACGGACGAGCGGACACGAUGCCUUUACUUUCGAGAUGCUCCACGAAACAUUCCGAGAUCAAGUGCGCACAUCCUUGUCGGCCCCUGUUCAAGUAGAAGGCGGCGGCAUCGGCAUGAUGAAAUGUACACGGGAAGCAUUCGAGUAUAUGAUCAGGGUGAGGGCCUUUGUGAUGUCUGGGCCUUCUUCAUCGAAUGUCGCGAAGGAGUUUGGAAAGUACAGGUGUAUGGCUGAGCGGGAGGAGGUGAAGAAGAUAGUAGAUAGACUUGGACAGACUAACUUGAAGAAAUGGUUCAGCAAGGCCAAAUAG